UCGCGUUGAAUGCGAUCCGGGCAUUAUUGCCAAGUUGGAUGUUCUUUUUGCCCGCCGCGUCGUGGAUGCUCUAUCAAGGGAACUAUACCUAUCAAUACAUGGUUCUGCUUUAUUUCAGCGGCUGCUCAUACCAAAUAGUAACGAUGCACAUACAGAGAGAUCGAGCCCAGCUGCCAGCCUCAAGGCCUCUCAGGCUUUCACACGUAACGACAUCCUAAAGCCGAACAUCCUCACUAUCAACUACCACAUAAGCAACAACAAGAUUUUCUUCUUCAAGCUCUCGAACACUCAGUUCAAGAGACUCAAC